AUUGGUAUAUUAAAAAAUUAUAGAAAUUAUAUAUUAAUAAUCUAUAUGUUAAGACAAAUCAAACAAGAUCACACAUGACUAUAUUUAGGCUUACACAUUGAGAGAAUUUGAUUAGUCAAAGUGCUUAGAUGAACAGUUUCAAAAGUCAAAAGUGGACGAAUAUAGCCGGAAGGAGGCCGCCCAAGGAGUGUUCGAGCUCGCCCGCCGAAUGAAUGUUCACCAGUCCGCUUUGGACGAGGUGAAGGAAGCGGCUGAGGCCGAGAAGAAAGAGAUGCGGGACGAGGUCGACCGCCUCGCGAAGGAGCUGCUGGAUAAAAGGAACCGCAGCUCCAACCUCGAGAGGGAGAAUCCCGACCUGCAGGGACGCACCAUUCGGCUGGAGGAGGAGAAGACUUCACUAUCUUUCGAAGUGGAGUCAACCUCUGACCUGGUGGCCAAGCUAGAGGCCGAGAAGGGUGACCUGGUCUGUCGCCUCGAGGAGGCAGUUGAGACCUUCAAGGCUUCUCCAGAGUUCGGUGCGACUGCUAUGGAGCAGAUGGACAAGCUAGUCCCCAAGUGGGUGGCGACCCGUCUUGGGGAAGACUGGAUGGUCGAACAGUCGAAGGUUUCCUAUCGGCGGGGACUCUUCAAGACCCAACAGGUGUUUCGUCGCAAGCUGGCCCUGCUUCCCAAAGGGACUUCCCUCCCCGACUUCAGCCUUCCCCCUCCUUGUGAUGACAUUGAGGAGUUUGAUCCCACUCCCUACAUUGAGGAGGAAGAUUUUGGCGAAGAGGAAAACGAAGAGAUUGGACUGGGCGACCAAGGCAACUAGGGCGAUCAAGGAGGGGAAGCUACUCAAGCGGCGACCAAGGCAUUCUGAGGCCCAAGCACUGGCCCCUUUCAAUUUGUUACUUGUAUUUUCUUUUGAAUUUUUGUAAAACUUUCAAGUAUUCAGGGCUUUGCCAUGAUGUCAGCUUUGACUUGUUCCC